AGCGAGUGCUUGCAGCAGGAGCCAGACACCCAUGGCCCGGCACUGAGGACCCAGUCUCCUCCCUGCCUCAGAAGGUGGCCUCAGGGCCACUCACCCACAGAAGCCACAGGAGUUACAGGAAGAUGGCGUGCCUGCCCACCACCUCACCAGCGCUGGCCUCGAGGAGGUGGCUGGGUCUUGGGCUCUUCGUGCUGCUCUGCCUUAGUUUAGGCUAUGCACAGAACAAUGUAGUCAAAAUAGUCAAAAGCAAAGCAGGGGACAAAGUUGGCCUGCCUUGUUGUCAUGAAAUUCCCACCUCCGAAAGCCUACAGCGUCACCGGGUCUACUGGCAGAAGAACACUACGGUGGUAGUGCUCGCCUACGUGGAGGGGAAGAAGAUGCCCCAGGACAAGCAGUAUGAGAAUCGGACAGAGAUAAACACCAGGAACCUCACCCUUUGGAUGUCCCCUGUGGAAAUCCUCGACAAUGGCUCUUACCAGUGUGUAGUACAGCGCCUCAGCUCUUCACCGAACGGGGACUCAGUUGUUCUGUGCAAUGAGCCGGUCAUACUCCUUGUUACAGCUGACUUCAGUGAGCCGAAUGUAAGCGCAGAGGUAUCCGCUGAUUCCUGUGAAUUAACUGAGAUGGUGGUAAGAUGUUCUUCUCAUGGAGGUUACCCCAAACCCCAAAUCUCUGGAGCUCUCAACAAUGAGCCUGUGGCAUGGAAUGUCAGCUGGGUUUCCGAGUCCAGCCUCAGCCCGUACAACGUCACUGGCAAGUUCAAGCUCAACGUGACCAAAGACACCAACUUCACUUGCACCGUGAAAUACAAUGGCUUUACCAAGUCCAGCAGUUUGCUUCUGACAAAACCAGAGGGCUGUGCUGUCCCUACUGUGCCUCCAUCUUACAAUGUCAUUACUGCUACAAGUAUCAUCAUUAUCAUCUUCCUUUUGGCUAUCACCCUAGCAGCAAGAUACCUUCCAAGGCAUGGCCUCAGGAUUCAGUGGAAGAGAGUACAAAAGAGUGUACGAAGCCACCUGCGAGCUCUAAAGUGACAUCUGAAACAUCAUCUGUAUGACCAGAUGGCGUUUGCAGUCCCCACUAGUCGUUGCACAGCAAUGCUUACUGCGUUGACCCUUUGGCUCUCUGAAAGGGGAUGACAGCAGUAGAAAACUCUGCUCGAGAAGACUGACAAUAUAACCUUCUGUGAAAGAAUACAAUCCCCCACCUGUGCCACAGAAGCUGAGGGUUGGACUCGUUACAACGGGGUGGCUGGAAUUCCGGCUGGAAGGUCCCUCCAUGCACCUGCAGAGAGGCAGAGGAGAGUUGUUGGCAUCGACACACCGGUUCAAACCCUCGGGCAUUGAUGUUGCCUCUCUGAAGACGUGGGUGGCCUGCAGAACCCUAGCAGGUAGCCCGUGCUCACCUACCCCUUUAGCACCGAAGAGCCAGCCUUCGGGAGACCCGACACCCUGACACACAACCCCAUGUCAGGCUGUGCCUCCAUGUUGCAACUGCAAACAGUUACUUGUUUUACAUUCAGCCUCGCACGGGUACCUGCCAGGACAGCUCUUUGUGCCGGAGAGGCUUUGGAUUUGGACUCAACCAUCACAGAUACGUGUGCCUUCUCCCCUAAAGAGGCAAUAAUGCACACUUUACGUGAACAUGCACCUCGAGGUGGGCCUGUACGCCUCUCGCUUCCUGUCAGUGCUAUGAGACUUUGUGGGAAACAAUCCGUACUGACAGCACACCUAACAGCUCACUAAUAUUGCUCACCUGCAGCAGUGGCAGGAGUUCUUGUACCCUUUCCCUCCCAAAAGCGUGGCCUCACCAGCCUAGGACUCACCAUCCAGCUCCUCCGUUACAUUACUCACGAGACGCAGGAGCACGCCUGAGACAGUGCAGCUCACGCAUACGUGCGAGAUCCUACAGGCAUUCCCUUCUACCCACACUUGUUAAGCCCCAUUUGAAUUCCCAGAACACUCAGCAGUUCUCUCGUGUGUAUCUACUGUGAUGAAAUUGCACCUCAGGGCCUUGCUCCACAAACACAGGCCUUCUUGCGUUCGUACAUUUGCCUAUGAAUGCUUGCUUAGGGAUAGCUCUUCAGGUUCUUGGGAGUCCCUCACAGCCACAGAAGGAUUUAAUUUGUGGGGAACAACUGCUGCUCUCUGCCAGUGCUCUCUCUACCCAGCCAGGACUUGAAGGAAGUUCCCUACAGGAUGCUAACGGUGGAUAGGACUCAUCUGAUCUGGGUGAUAUUCUUGCCUACUGUGUAGGAAAAAGUGGUUUCUCAUUUUGAGUGGAAAAAAGGAAAAAGCCCCAAGCCCCAACAGGCUUUCUAAGUGACUCUGCAUACUAACCAAACUCAGUCGUGCCCUGAGUUUGACAGAUUUAUUUCUCCCUUUCACUCUGUCCCUCUGCAAGCUGCGCCCAUUCCCUUACUGCUCUGUCCAUGUGUGUGGUUAGCAGGGCAGACUAAAGUCUGAAAGCACCAUGCUGCCCUCUUUCUGGCACGUUUUGCUGCUGGAGCUGCUUAUCCUGCUAGAAAAUAUUCCAUCCAUUUCCAUUUUUUUUUUCCUAGCAGGUACGUUUCGAGAGAGAAACUGAUGGAAGAAAUAGUAGGAAGAUUAAAAGCAGUUCAUAGAGGAUUGAGAUAUGAGAGGCUAUAGGGAUCAAGUUGCUAGUAAAAAAAACAAAAGACACCGUUCCCUUUCUACUCCUGCAGAGUCAUGCUGCCUCUCAGCUUUCUUACUGCUUUCCCAUAGUUUGAGGUGAAAUAGGAACUUUAGAAUAUUCUUAUGGAGGGUGUUUUAACAGGGAAAAGUAGGUAAGGUGGGUGAUAAGGAAACAAAGCUCUUUGUGCUUGUGCCUUGUGGCUGCAAGCAGAACACAGGUAACACAAAAAGCAGUUUCCAAAGGCAGCCUGACCUUAUUGCAGGGCAAUGGCGUCUCAUACUUUUCAAGUUUCCUUCUCUUUCAGCCUACUCUGGUUCCUUCCAGCACAAACUACUAGCUUCCUCCAGGCUGAACACCCUCUUUUCAUGCCUUUUUCAUGUCUGCUUUGUUCAAUUUCAGCACCAUGCUUCCUUCCCUGCUACAACCACGCUGUCUUUUCACCUCUCCAGCCACGCCACAGCUCUAACAGUUGCACUGGCACGUUUUCCCUCUUGACUAGCCCCUGCUCUACCUCUGCUCCUGACUGAUGAUUGCACAGCCUCCUUAAGAGGGCUUUGUCUUUUGUGCUGAGCCACAUCUUCCUACAUCACCACAGAGUCCUGUGACACUUUUAACUCCUUCUAAAGGAAACAAAAUGUUUCACUGACAAAUAUGUCCACCAUCAGUUUGGUUUAAUAUUCUUGAUGGGCAAGUUAUUUGUUUUUUUUCCCCAAGCACUUAUACUAUGAACCAUGUUUGCUAUUGCCUUAUGCUUUAUUCAGUAAAUUGCACACAAAUGGUUUCCAUGAGACCUUUUCAGCUUAAUAUCUGGGUCUUUGUACCAGGUGAGCUGCUCUGUUUAUCACAGGCAUUUCAUAUGUAACACAUUUUUCCCUGGGUUCCUCCUUUUACAAAAGAAUAAAUGGUAAACUCAGUUUCCUCUCCUCGGUAACAAAAGAUAUCUGUUCCACAUGCUGUGAUGGGGUAGAGCCUUUCAUGUGAGACCCAGACACCAUUUUUCCAGCUGCUAAAAACACAGGCUGUGUAGCAUCAAGGUAGGUGAUGGAGUUGGUUGACAAAAGCCGCGUCAGGUACAGGUGACACCAAGAUACAUCUCUCUCUGAUGUGUUCAACAGCAAUGAGAGAGUGGCACUUGGGUAUCCUGCUUGUGACUUCCACACUUCUCACAUCUGCCAAUUUGUUGGUGACUACCUGAGCAGUGCAGCUGUAGCACUCGGUUGGCAGAGAACUUGCUUCUCCCUCCCAAAAGGGACGUUCUCUGCAGAAGCACAGUCCAGUGUAAGAUGUUCUCACCGUGUCCCUGUUGCUUGUGGUUCUUACUCUGAAAGGGAAGGGCCAGUAACUUCAGCGCUUCAGUGCUUUUGCUGGGGCAUGGUGGGGAGUGAGGGUGUGCAGAAUCCCUUACUUUUGUAUUUAAAAAAGUAAGCUCUUAGCCAACUCUCCCUCCUCGUUUGGACAAAGGCUUUGAAUACAAAAAAAAUGAGGAAGUACAAGGACCUAAAUUCAUCAGGAAAUGGAGCAAAAAAAAUGGCUCUUGAUCUGGAGUGUAGACAGAAGCCUCUGCUUCCCCUCACUGAUGCGCAGCACAAGGACACCUAGCAGCUCUUCCUUCCUGACAUGGAAGGAAAAUCCACACAGCUACACCUUCCGUCCCAUAGAAGGACAUCCCUGCAUCAACGGCCAGACAUCAUAAAAUCAGUAUUCUUCAGAUGUCACCGCAAAUACCAUUAAACAGGAGCAGAGAAAGACCGAGCAAUGGCACACCUAAAUAUCAUGGGACCUGCUGCACAGGCAAGAGUGCAGGAUAUUGGGUGGGGAUGUAAAAGAGGGAAAAACUUAAGCCAUCGCUGUAUAAACACAAUGGCAAAAAAGUGACUCAGAAAGGCCUGCUAUUCUGUUCUUUGCGGGGACAGAGGACAAUAAUGGUACUGCCACCAAUACAUGCAGAGCUUAAAAGAGGAAGGGGGAGAGACAUAUCCGUACCUCUGCUUAUUCAGUUCCUUCUCUUAUAUGUAGAAAAUGAAAAAUCAAAGCUGGUUGAUGACAACCAUGAAACACACAUAUUUCCUCAAUUAAAAAACUGAACUGUGCUGAGGUAUUUGACAAAUAAAAUGCUCAUUUCAGAAGUCAGAAAACACAACACCUUCUUGGAAACAUG